UCAGACAAGUCUUUGGUUGAAGUUCACGUGUCUUUUUAUUCUGUCUUGGGCUCUUUGCUAUGACAGCUCUACAACAUUUGACAAAAUCAGAACAAUUCUCAGAUUUCACAUUAACAACAAGAUGAGGAAGAAGAAUUAAGAGAAAAAAAACAAACAAUUUCUGGGUUCAAUUGGGUUCGUAGGCUCAAAUGGGUCGCAGGCAAAACGACUCAGAACUCGGUCGUUGUGCAAUUCUGAGCCUCUUGUUUAUGGGCACAAUCUCAUGCUGCAUGGUCUAUGUUUGCCUCUCUGUGGUCUUCAACAGGCCCAGUAGGAUUGCCACUGUUUCGUCAGUUUCAGACGUUGUUGAAGAUGGCGGUCAAGAAGAGAGUGAGUGUUGCAGAGGGAUUGAGCAUUUGGAGCUUUGGGGUGAUGCUGUGAAAUGGGGUUCUGACUUUAAGGUCAGUUCUUCUGAGGAUUGUUGCAUGGCUUGUAAGAGCAUGUGUGGUGGAGAGGAUGGGCCUUGUUUUUGCGAUUCCUGGGUGUAUUGUGGGGAUAAGGAGGCUUGUGGUCCUAGAUUUGGUGAGUGUUGGUUGAAGAAACAGAAGGAUGCAUUGGACCCUGAUCGGCGAGACUCGGGUGAUAAAGUCAUGUGGACUUCUGGGCUUGUCUUUGGAAAAGGAAAGGGUAUUUUUGGCUUGAAAACUGAAUAUGGGGUUAUUCACAUCAAACUAUUCCCUGAUUGUGCCCCACAUUCUGUUUCCUAUAUUCUUGAGAUGUUACAAUUGCGUCAUUUUGCGGGUUGUCAAUUUUAUCGAGCAGAAAGUCGGGGAAACUUUUGGGAUUCAGAAGGAAAUCACAUAGAAAAUGCUCCAUUUGGUCCACCUUUUGCAGUAAUACAAGGUACACUUGAAGCUAUUGGAAGCAGUUUUAAGGAUACUCCUACAGAGACCUGCCCCACCAUAAGAAGAGGAUCAGUUGCAUGGGUUGGUUCUGGCCCAGAAUUCUUUAUCAGCUUAGCUAACCACAAUGAGUGGAAAAAAGCUUACACUGUCUUUGGUUCUGUUCUUCCUGAAGAUAUGGAAAUUGUGGAGUUAAUCACACAGCUUCCUACCAAACCGGAGGUUUGGAGUAACAUUAAUGUCUCUGUCUUGGAGAAACCUGUUGCCUUCCAAUUCCAAAGAAUCAAGACAAGUCAUGGAAACCUGAAAUGAUGUAAACAUGGAUACAGAGUCAAGUGGGUCAUAGAGUUUUGUUCCAUUAUGGUUCCAGUGAUUGAAUACAAGUUGUGGAUAUUGAAAUUCAAUGCAAACAUAGACGAAGAUUCCAAAUGGUAUCAGAGAAACCUGCUCCAUUAUGGUGGCAACAAAUCAUCUUAUGGCUCGCAGUUUAGCGGAACUUCUCGAUGCUCAGAUUUUGAAAUAAUGUAUAUAAAAGGCUUCGAUUUCUUGGGAAAUUUCUCUAUAGCUCCAUACUUGUAAUUUGUUUUGAAAGUAUUAUGGAUAUAUAGCCAUUACAUUUGUUGAUACCUGGGAAAACAGAAAUGAAAAUAAAAUCAAUUUUUGUCCU